UAGGACCCGGCGGGAGCCUCCUUGGCGGGGAAGGGAACAGGGCGGGAGGAGAGGAGGAAAGGAGAUAGAAAAAGGGAAGGUGAUGGGGAGCGGGCAUCUGCACUCGCGACGCGACACGAGUUGCACGGCUCAGGCAGACCGGACCUGGACUCUAUAAAAGGAGCCUAUCCGCUCUGCCACUCACACGCUCCUCCCGGACUGGCGUGCGCCGCUCCCUCCUGCUUCCCCAGAUACCUGCCCCUUCCCCAAGAGCCGCGCCAGGUCCCUCAGACCCUUGCGCCCAGCAGCAUGGCUCCGAGCGGUGCCCGUGGGACCAAGGUGGCCGUGGCAACGUCGCGGUGCCAGUAGCCGCAUCCCCAACCCCAGAGUCCCCCUUCUUGCGGCCCCGUCUCCGCGGGGCAGCUCUCCGGAGCGGCCAACGCGUGAAAAGAAGGGAGGGCAGAGCUCCGGCGCGCCGCGCGGCGCGGCGCGGCCCCCAGAUUUCACCCCACCCAGAUCUGGCGGCCGCAGCAGCCGCAGGAAACUGCCCCAGCCUGGGUAGGAGGGCGGGGAUGCAAGACCAGGACUCCUCGCUGGCCUGCAAGCUUUGGUCUCGACAGCUAGGAAACUCCUGCGGCCCGAGUCUGCAGAUCCGGGAGCUCCCGGGUUAGGAGACGCUCAGCCCCGAGCAAUUGGGGUAAGAGAUCCCACCUGGCCGAGACUCCCUUCUCAAACAAAACAACUCCCACCUCACCCAGACGCCCGGGUGGGAGCCGGAGCGGAGCGGGACUGCGUGGACCAGUCCUUAGCAACCUAGAGCUGAGACGGGGCGUAGUAAGGAGCCACCGGAGACUCGGAGGCAGCGCCUGGCGCACUGGAAGUGCAGGGGACGCACUGGCCAGCCUUGGCUGCCGCGCCCUUGACCUCUAGUUUCAGCUGGGAAGCUGGAUGGAGUAAUUCAGGAACCCACGGAACUGAUUAGUAACCACGGAACAAGACUGUGGUCUCCUCUGAGGUCCUUUCGUCCUCUUACUAGUUCGCUCCAUGCCCGAGAGCUGCGCUCGCUCGGGAGCCAGGGCGAACAGAGACAUGGAGGAAGCGGGCGCUCAGUGCGCCCCGCCGCUGCCCGCGAGCUCCCAGACCCGGCUUUCUCAAGCCAACCUCUCCGCGGCUCCCUCCCAAAACUGCAGCGCCGAGGGCUACAUUUACCAGGACUCCAUCGCCCUGCCCUGGAAAGUAGUAUUGGUCAUGCUGCUGGCUCUCUUCACCUUGGCCACCACGCUCUCCAAUGCGUUUGUGAUCGCCACUGUGUACCGGACGCGGAAGCUCCAUACCCCCGCCAACUACCUGAUUGCCUCCCUGGCGGUCACCGACCUGCUGGUAUCCAUCCUGGUGAUGCCCAUCAGCACCAUGUACACGGUCACCGGCCGCUGGACGCUAGGCCAGGUGGUCUGCGACUUCUGGCUGUCGUCGGACAUCACCUGUUGCACUGCUUCCAUCUUGCACCUCUGUGUCAUCGCUUUGGACCGCUACUGGGCCAUCACGGACGCCGUGGAGUACUCGGCUAAAAGGACUCCCAAGAGGGCGGCCGUCAUGAUCGCGCUGGUGUGGGUCUUCUCCAUUUCCAUCUCGCUGCCGCCCUUCUUCUGGCGUCAGGCCAAAGCCGAGGAGGAGGUGUCGGACUGCGUGGUGAACACGGACCACAUCCUCUACACUGUCUACUCCACGGUGGGCGCUUUCUACUUCCCCACCCUGCUCCUCAUCGCCCUCUAUGGCCGCAUCUAUGUGGAAGCCCGCUCCCGGAUUUUGAAACAGACACCUAACAGAACUGGCAAGCGCCUGACCCGAGCCCAACUGAUAACUGACUCCCCCGGGUCCACAUCUUCGGUCACCUCCAUUAACUCACGAGCUCCAGACUUACCCAGCGAGUCAGGAUCUCCUGUGUACGUGAAUCAAGUCAAAGUGCGAGUCUCCGACGCCCUGCUGGAGAAGAAGAAACUCAUGGCCGCUAGGGAGCGCAAAGCGACAAAGACCCUGGGGAUCAUUUUGGGAGCAUUUAUUGUGUGUUGGCUGCCCUUCUUCAUCAUUUCUCUGGCCAUGCCUAUCUGCAAGGAUGCCUGCUGGUUCCACUUGGCCAUCUUUGACUUCUUCACAUGGCUGGGUUAUCUCAACUCCCUCAUCAACCCCAUCAUCUAUACCAUGUCCAAUGAGGACUUCAAACAAGCGUUCCAUAAACUGAUACGCUUUAAGUGCACAAGCUGACUUGUUGGUGGCAGUGGGGUGGCCUAAGCGGCCUUUGGGGGGGCCAUGUUGUGUCUGGUUCCACAGGUAGGUCGAGUCUUCUUUCACUGUUACUGGGUCUGAGAGGCUCUCUCUUCUGAGCAAGGGCAAUGGAUCCUGAAAAGGCAGGACAGCCAUAAGAGAGACAGCUCUAAAGGAGAACUGUUCAAACUAAGGAUAGAGCUCCUUGGUUGAGGAGGAGGCUCACUUUCUCCCCUCAAACCCCAGGUUCAGUACACUGACUCUGCAGCAGCCAAUCACAACAGUGGAUUGCAACUUAAAAUCAACAAAAAACUAAACAAAACAAAAAAUGAUGGUGGAAAAGGGAUCUCUGCCUUGCUUUGGUAUUGUGGAUGAUACCCUCUAGAACCAGAGGUACAUGUAGUUGUUGUCUGAAGUUUGUCUGAGACAAACAGCCUGGAGGUACUUGAACUAGACACCAAUACCCUGUGUUUUGGGAGAGACUUUAUGUUACAGCUUAAUUUAAGAACAGUUACUUUGGCAUCCUUCAGUCUUCAUUCUGUUUUUGUUUAUUGAAACUUUGUUGGAGAAACUUGUGGAUUUGGUGCUUCAAACCCCAUACACAUGGGCUUGGAUGGCACAGAGAAACCUUGAAGAGUUAACACAAUUCUGAUGAGAAGAUCUCUAUUUUUUAUUGGAACUGGGUGGAUGGAAAUGGGAGAUGGGGGAGCAUUCAACUGAAAACCAACACCUAUGAUUGUUUGUUUUCUGCAGAUUUGCAAUUUUUAAAUUCAUAUUUAGUGAUGGUCAAACCACAUUUCUAACAACUCAGACAAAACAUUAUGUGUGCUAGUGCCAAAGUAUGCAGGUUGCUUUAUUUUUCCUCCUAAUUUCAUGUACUGCCAUUUUACACAUUUAAAUCCCCAUAAAUGGAGGAUAGGAUGGGUGACUCGGCCCAAGCUGCUUGCUAUAUUUCUUAUUAAUGCCACUGAUUAAAAUGAUGAGUAUCUGAUAUAUCAGCUCCUUGGCAAGCAAAGUAUUUUUAAUCCGUAUCCACUUGAAUGACACAUGAAGGGGUCAGAUGAGAUAGGAAUUGUUCUUAUACAGUUAAGGAAUGGGUGGCAAUAUAAGGAUGUAUAUUUUGACUUGUAAAAAAUCUUAAAUGCAUGAGACUUUUUUCUAAUAGUCAUUUGCACUCUCCUUCUCAUCUGUAAUUCCUUUGUGUGCUAACACAGAAAGUGACCAAGAGAACUAGCUCCUUUCUCAAAAAAAUCUUCAAAAUGUAAUAAAACCCCUAACAAUUAUAUUAAGGAUAAAAACUUCUUUUCCCUUCCUAUUGAAGUUCAAGUAGAAACAACAAUUACUAGAAAAUGGCAUGCAAGGAUUUUAGAAAAGCUUAGAGAAGUUAAAAUGGAGCCCGUUUCCUUGUAACUUGUGGAACCAAACCUCAGACGUAAUAGGUAACAAGGAAACUAACGAGCUUUUGAACCUUGGAAAUUUGUCACUGACCUGACACCUCAAUGAAUAUAAUAUCAGUAAUACUUUAAA